CUUGACCCAGGACAACUUGACUCCCGACUUCCAACUGCCCGCCAUGGCUGGUUUCCUAGAGUUUCUCUUUCUCGCGUUCACACUCACAUUCUCCUUGGUUGUCUCUCUUGGGAUCACUGUACCUUUCACAGGUGCAUUGGUCCGGUUACGAGCAAACUACAACCCAAGGGCUCUUCAGCUCGACCCCGAAGGAAAUGUAAAUGUACACACGGGGCCGAUUGUAACGUCGUUCUUCGGAAUGUUGAGGAGGGUGUAUCGUAUUGAGGGCUGGGCUGGACUGUACAAGGGCCUCAUGCCCACUGCGAGUGCGACUAUUGUCAUGACCGGAUUCGCUGUCGCCGCUAUGGAUUCCAAGCAACUUGCCCGCCAUGGCCGCGUCGACCCCCCUGACGUCGGCAUGCUGGCAGCGUUGGUCUAUGCUGCAUUUGGGACACUCGUAUCCCUCCCCGCGGCCAUCAUAACCUACCGAUCCAUAGUCACUCCUUACAGGCUACCAUGGUUCCGUCCCAUUUAUUCCCUACGCGUCCUCCUCACCCCGACGGAACGCCGCCGACCAUGGGUCCUGUAUUUCACCCCGGGAUUGGUGACAGCACAAGUCCUUCAAAUCGCGUACUCCGUCGUCAUUCUGUACAGCCUACGCAGGCUUCUUGUGCCUGUUGGCGGGGACUUUUCCCCUGCUCGGUUUGGCAUCUACGUGGCGAUCGAGAUCCUCAGCACCGCAGUCAUCUGUCCUCUCGAGGUUAUUACGACUAAGCUGGCGAUCCAGCGCAACCACUCCGCUGUCGAGUACAAUUCGGUAGAACAAGAGGUAGAGGAUGACGCGGUGGAGGCUCCCGAAUAUGCGGAGUACUCGGGACAGGAGGAGGACGUUAUUGGGUUGCGCCACGAGAAAGACCCGUACCUUGGGUUUGCGGAUUGUGUCAAGCGCAUCAUCGACGAGGAGGGCUGGCAAACUUUGUACCGGGCUUGGUGGGUUACAGCGAUGGCAGCUGUCCUCACCGCGCUGGCUGUAGGCGCUUCAGCUCUUCAGACCUCGGGUGUCGUGGUAGGAGAUAAUUAAUUCCCGUAUGUGUCUCGCUGUCACGCGCCACAAGCGAUCUGGAGGCUGAUGUACCGUACCUGGAAAGAUAUCUAUCAGACGCCUUUGUAUUAGCCGGAUGUAUCACCAGCCUACUUCGAAUUGACCUUCAUCUCUUGCCUUCGCUCUCCUUCCC